AUGGAGCCAAAGCUGUACAAGCACUCUCUUUUGCUUGGUGCUGUCCUCAUCCUACACUUUGUCACAUUAUAUCACGCAACUGAAGUCAAAAAAUCCUCGUUAUUGGCGGCGGCCGUAGACCAUGAAAUGCAGAAUGACGAUACAGUGCACGAUGGCAACUCGACGCGAGUGAAACGACAGUACGGAUGUCCGUCGGGGUGCUACUCGUCGUGUAUGAACAAUGCACAAUGUCAGCGGUAUCAGGUGGCUACGGUGUGCAUGUUGGGUUGUUGUUGUCCUCAAACGAAUUUGUCGUGUGAGUUUUUGAAGGCUUUAUGUCUUUAGGGUAUUUUUUCAAUCUGUUAGUUUGUGUACUUAUGUGGUGUAUUGCAAAAACUCUCGCGCAACGUUGCAAACCAUGAAGGUUCGAAUCCGCCUAUCGAAAAUAGCUUCUUUUAACUUUUUUUACAGAAAAUUUGUUAAAAUUUUUUAAAAAUUAAACUUCUUACAAUAACCUGGGACGUAUUUUACCUAAUUUAUUAUUUUUAGCCGCCUGCGACGGUGAUCCAGCAGUGGCAGCUUGCCUAAACGGCCUAUGCGGUCAGGGAUACUUCUGCAACAACAGGAACUUCUGUUGUCGAUGUCAAUCUGGAACGUCACCUGGUAUGUUUAACUUUAAAAACCGGUUUUCACUAAAACCGUAUUUUUGAAAGUUUGUAAAGUUUACAAAUCUUAAAUCUUUGUUUACAAAUCUUAAAAUGGCUAAAACUUUCUUUACAAAGCUCAAAAUGCAGAAACUUUUGUUACAAAGCUCAAAAAGCAAAAACUUUCUUUACAAAGCUCAAACUGCAAAAAUUUUCUUUACAAACCCAUUUUCAGGACCAUGUGUGAACAACCUGUGUCCAGCCGGCUACGCCUGCAACACCAACAACUAUUGUUGCUCGUUAGGCUCGGGCUCGGUGCUAGGCCCAUGCGUGAAUGGCCGCUGUCCGGACGGCUACGCCUGCGGCGCGGGCAAUCUUUGUUAUCCGGUGACGGCGGGCGGCCCCCCUGGAGGCAGAUAAUUUAAUCAACGUAUUUUAAUAUCUUAAUAAUUGUUUAAUAAUUUCAUGUAUUAAAUUGUUCGUUGUACAGAAUUUUUUUGUUUGAAAUUUCAAAUUUUAUUUAUGUUAAUGUGCCGACAUAAAGAACCCGCCAUUUUUUGCAGGAAAUUACAGGAAAAGUAUGGCGGGUUCUUUAUGUCGGCACCUGAUAUUUGAAAUUUAAAAUUUUAUUUAUUUAAAAAAACUAAAAUUAAAUUUUUUUUGUUAUUAAAAGCCUUACUUUAGCUGUAUCUUGUCAUUGCUUUAUCUCUAGCCUACUAUUAGCCCCAUUCUAGCCUUAUCUUAGUUCUAACUUACUUUCACUUUAACGUUAUCUUAGCCACAUCCCUACUCCAGCAUACUUUUGUUUUACUCUACUCUAGCCUUGCCCUAGCCUUUGCCAUUGCAAACCAACGUAAGAGGUAGGUGGUAGAAGAAAAGAAAGGCCAUUUGGCAUAGAUUCUUUAGAUCAAUACUCAAAUGGGCCUCAGCAGCACAGUGGUCAAGGCUCUGGUUGUUGUUCAAAAGCCCACAGUUUUAGCCUAAAGAGCUUGUUUAACCCAAAUUUAUCCAUUAAAACCGUCGUUUAAGUGUUCUGCAUAAUUCGUUACAGUUAUGUCUUUACUACAAAACCUAGAUCAGCCUAUAAAUCUUCAAAAACCCGGCCAAAUAACUCUGAGUUGACUGUACGCAGCUUGCAACAAUAGUCAGUUUCAGCGCGUUGAUCGGCUUAAGCGGUCUGAGAGAAAAUUUAUUCAUGAUAUGUUUAAACAAGUAAUUAGGCAUUAUACCCUGGGUAUGUAGGUGUGGUAAACUAAACGGGAUUGUAGAGGAGGUGGAGUAACAAAGAGUAGAUAGUAGAUACAGUGAUGAUGAAGAGACGGAAAAGAUAGCAGAAAAGAUUGUGUGGUAAAGAAGAAAAAUAGAAAAUAAUGACAGGUAUAGAGAAGUAUAACACGGUAGAGACUUCAAUAUAACUUAGUAGAGACUGCAAGUAUACAACAGAGUAGAAACACAAAGAUACAAUACAACAGAAAAAGGUUUUAGGCCAAGAUUGCAGAAACUAUAGCCAUGAAAACGACGUGGUAGAGGGCGUGGGUAGAGGUUCUAUUGGAAUGUUGAGCCGAUUUUAACGGGCAAAAAAAGAAACAAGGUUUCUACCAUGGUAAACUCAUUUACGUGUAUCAACAAAAACUAUACUUGAUUCUGUUAGAGUAUAGUUAUAGUAGUGCUUGAGUAUAGAUCAGUGAAGAGCUAAAGUGUGGCUAGAGUAAAGCUUGAAUUGAGAUAGAUUAGGUGUACGGUAUGCUAUAAUAAGGUUAGGCUUUUCUAGGGUUAAGCUUAUCUUGCGAAUAUAAAGUUAGAGUAGGGCAUGGGUAGGUUUACGCCAAGGCUGGGAAGCACUAGAGCCCUAGCUCACAAAAUCAGGCUAAAUUAGUACUGUUAGAGCGAAAACAAGGUAAGGUAACACUAACAAGAAAAGUACCCUACCUGCCCCGCUCAGAAUCAGCCCAAAAUUUUUAUAUGUAUUUCUUGUACCACCAAUAGUAUCCAUAAAAAAUUUUAGCUUGCGCUUUUGAGUUUUAAAUUUGAAUUAUUUCAGUUUCUCGUCAAUUUGGCAAAUUUGGCAUUGUGUAUCAAGCAUUUUUUCGACUUUACAGACCAGCUACGCUUACAACUUAAAAACGUAGGUUCAUUCAAAGGUAUUCUACUAGUAUACCAAAGAAAAAUUUCAAAAAUUUAAAAAAUAGCAAAGUUAUAAGCUUGAAACAGAAUGCCAAUUUGGCGGGAAGUUGAAAACGCAGUUGUUUGAUCCCGAUUUUCUCGAGAUUUCCUGGAAAGAGCGAUUGUACUUUGCUGAAGAUCUUAUAUUUACAUGAUCUUUCUAUAUAAAAAGUUUGAAGUCAAUCAGAGCGGGGCAGGGCGGGUACUUUCCUUGUAAGUUAGGCCUAAAAGUAGGACUAAGUUUGGGAUAAGUAAGGCAAAAGCAGGAAAAAAAUUUUUUUUUCAAAUUUUAUGAUCAUACAUUUAUAUUGACAAGCCCGUGUCAAUCUAUUUACAUUUCUAAAAACAGCAUUCCCUGUCCAAGUCAACGAAAUGACAGUCCAAAAUUAGCGCGCACUGAAGGAAUUUAAGCGGCUCAGUGUUUUUACGACCAAUCCGUCGGUCAUGUUUCUAGCGAAACGGGUCAGGCCACUCAGGUUACUUGUGUUUCGCUACUCAUUUACAAUCCCAGUUCCGAGUUUGUUUCAAUUCGGCCGUUUUCCGGGUGCGCGCGAUACGAUACUGUUCCAAAGAUACGAUAUCAGCUUGUUUUUUGUACAUUGUUUUUUAAGCUGGGGGGGGGGAGGGAAGGUGGUUAAAAAUCAUGAAAAAGGAGGGGAUAGCAAGACUUAUAGUUAUUUUUUGUUUAUUUUUCCUUUUAUUUAGAAAAAAACAAGUUUUUAUUAAAUUUUGACGAAAUGUCACAAAAUUAUUGGACAUUUUAACGGAAUGUCACAAAAUUAUUGAUUUUUUAAAAUCUGUUCAAAUAAAAAAUCGUAAUCCGCCCGAGCGUAUUUUACAUUUUUCCCACUUCCAAACUGUUAAAUGCUUCGUUUCAGCACAACAUCAUGUUGUUAUCCACAUCAAUAUUGUUGUUGCUCCAAAUGGUAGCCCAUGCCAGUUCAGACAAAGAAAAACAUGAUAACUCUACAGUAACUCUUUCAAAACGAAACAAGCGACAAUAUAUAUCAAAUUGUCCUCAAAGCUGUUUCUCGUGCAGUCCAGCGGCAUCCUGCCAAUCCAUGUUACCUCAGUUCACUUGCACUGGAAGUUGUUGUUGUCCGGCUGCUAAGACUUUGACUGGUACGGUAAUUACAGUAUUAGUAGUAAGGUUACAGUAGAAAUAGAAAUUUUUAUUUUGGGUUUGAGUAAGCUAGUAUAGAGAAGAGCAGGGUAAGGUAAGGCCAGGUAAGGUAAGGUAGAGCAGUUUAUAAUAGGGUUGGAGUAGCACUACAGGAGGGUUACGAUAGGAGACGGUAAGAGUAUAUUACGGUGAGAAAGAGAAGACUAAGGCAAGAUGGUAAUGAAAAAUGUCAUUUCAGGAGCCUGUGACGGUGAUGACGCUGUAGCAGCGUGCUUGAACAACCUAUGCGGCCAAGGAUUCUUCUGUACUAGAUCUAACUACUGUUGUCGCUGUCCAGUUGGAAAAUCAAUUGGUAAGCUACUAAAGAUAUAAAUUGCACGGUGCAAUCAGUUUAUGUAGCUUUUGCACGGUGCAGUGAAUAAUAAACAAGUCUGCACGGUGCAAAAAAUAAAAACCUAUUUUUAGGUAACUGCGUAAACGGAAAAUGCCCAGUUGGUUAUUCCUGCAACACCAACAAUUACUGUUGUGCUGUUGGCAUGAUAGGCGUGGCAGGAGAAUGUGUCAACGGUCAAUGUCCCUCCGGCUACAAAUGUGGCGACGGUAACCUGUGCUACAGUAACAGUGACGGUACUGAUAACGCAAAUGCACAAGGCUUUAAUGGUACUAGUAACAGCAUUACCAGACUAUCUGCUCAUCCUAAACCAGCUGACCUAUCUUCACAUCUACGCCCAGCUACCGACCCUCGUCCAAGAACUAUUGAUGUCAAUACUGGUCGAUUUAUGUUGGGUCCUGCUAACAACUUCUAUAAUGGAAAUUUGAAUAAUUUACCGCAGGGAAUGGGAAUAGCUUCGCAGAACUUGGGAGCAAACUCGAUGCCUCAGGGCUUGGGCAUUGUUAAUGUGGCUGGAAAUGGACUCUCUGGAUUUCAAGGAGCGGCCAAUAUUAACCAAGCUGUACCAAACCAACUAGUACCUAACUAUAGUACUAAUCAAGGCUUCGGACAAAAUGGCAAUUAUCCAGACAUUUUUGCCGCUAUAAACCCACAAAAUGCCAUUUUAACCCCGCAAACCUCGAUGAAUAUCAUCCCAGGACUGAACUUGAACAAUGUGGUACCUCAAAUCUUGGCGUUAAGUAACAUGCCAAACUCUAAUGGCUUUGGCACUCAACAAGACACAAAUGUUAAUUCACCAUGGGCUUCGAGAAAUGGCAAAAAGAAGACGUAG